AUGGAUCUAAAAUUAAUGGACAAAUUGCGACUAUUAAAAAUUGACACCGAGUUGCGUCCGCAAAUAAAAAUGAAACCUAUGAGUAGGUAUUACUUUAUCACUGGCACGAACCCGGGCGAACAAUUUUACGUUUUCGCCUCCACUGCUGCGUGGCUCAUCAGGAAAACUGGGAAGGAAUUUGAACAACCAAACGAGGAAGAUGCUCCAAACAGUAUUAUUGCUACUAUCCUUGAUAUUUUGAGAGAAAAGGACAUCGCAGUAGAUUUCUCCUCUCACAAACUUAAACAAGGGUAUGGAGAACAAGUGUGCUACAUACUUAACGUUCUGGCUGACGAAGCUUUAAAAUCCGAAGAAUUCGAAUGGCAGAAACCAAUCGUGGACAUACCCGAACCCGAGGAAGCUGCUGAUGACGUAGAUCAAGUAGAAGAUGAAACUGAAAUAUUACUAGACAAAGUCGAAGAGGAAAUGGCAAUUUAUUCUGGUGAAUCUGAGGAAGAAUUUAACGCAGAGGAAAAAGAAUCAAGCUUAGUAAAAAAAGUGCACGACUGGGAAGCUUGGAAACUAGAAUUGGAAAGAGUAGCUCCAGCGCUAAGACUAAAAAUAUCCGCUGAUGGUCGCGAUUGGAGGGCAAGGCAUUCGCAAAUGAGAACGUAUAGAGACGAGCUCUUUGAGAGAUACAAAACAACUGGUUCACAACUGAAUAAACUGCACACGAAUAUAAGUUCUGUAAUGGACAAGAUAUCUGCAAGAGAAAACAUAUUGAACGAACAGUUUGAACCAUUGGUAAGAGAAUACGGGGCAUUAUUGGAUGAGUUGAACAAAGUAACGAAUGAAUACAAGGAUGUGAGUGUUGGGGUGACAGAAAGACAAGAAAUGUUGAACGAAUUGACUUCUAAAGUAGAGAAUAUAAAACAGAGAACGGAAUCUAAGGGAUCCUCGAUGAACGACAACUCUCCACUAGUAACAGCGAAGAAGGCAGUGGCAAAUUUGAAAAAAGACAUACAAGAUAUGGAUUUCCAGAUAAUUAUCUUAAUUUGGCUACUGACUACGAAAGAAAAUCCUAAUAGUAAUAAUCUUUUCACGAAUGCUGAAUCCAAAAUGGUGGGGAUCGAGAGUUAUUGA